ACCAGUUUAGGAGAAGGCAGUGUGCUUUCUCAUGCAGAGCAAAGGGAAGAGAGAAAGCAUGAUUAACUAACUUGGCGACACACGAAAAUGAGGAAGGAAACCACACACCACACCACCAGAAAAAGAUCUCUUCUUUCUACUCAUUUCCCCUUUCUUAAUACUUUGCUCAAGGCUUCUGUUGGCGGAGGAACAGUGGAUGAUCCGGGGACAGCCACGGAGGCCUCUGCAACAGCUGCUGCAGGUUUGCUCAGUCUGUUUCCAGUGAUGGGAGACUCUGCCAACACGAGCACUGUGGGUUACACAGCUCCCUCCUCCCCCCCAUGCCAGCGCGACACCAGCGUCACCCGCCUGCUCUUCCCGGCGCUGUACACGCUCAUCUUCCUCCUGGGACUCACACUGAACAGCCUGGCUUGCUGGGCUUUCUGCCACAUUCCAAGCACAUCAACCUUCAUCGUCUACUUGAAAAAUAUCUUAGUUUCAGAUCUUAUAAUGACCCUGAUGCUUCCUCUGAAGAUCCUGACAGACUCUGGCCUGGGACCGUGGCAGCUCAAAGCCUUUGUCUGUCGCUUCUCAGCAGUCGUGUUCUACGACACCAUGUACAUUAGCAUAGUGCUACUCGGGCUCAUUGCUUUUGACAGAUUUCUCAAGAUUGUGAGACCUUUUGGGAAGUUCUGGGUGCAAAACCCGACCUCAGCAAAGAUCCUCACAGGUCUGGUCUGGCUCUUCUUCCUUGUUCUCUCUCUGCCCAACACAAUCUUAUCCAACAAGACAGCGACGCCCCAGUCCGUGAGGAAGUGUGCCUCCCUGAAGAGUUACCUCGGACUCAAGUGGCAUGAAGCCGUCAGCUAUAUCUGUCAGUUCAUCUUCUGGACUGUCCUCAUCCUCAUGUUGCUAUUUUAUAUAAUUAUCACCAAAAAGGUAUAUGAGUCAUACAUAAAAACGCAGAAGAAAGACAACAAAAGGGAAAAACGGAUCAAGGGGAAAGUAUUCAUCAUUUUUACCGUGUUCUUCUUAUGCUUUGCCCCCUUCCACUUCAGCAGGGUCCCCUACACUCUGAGCCAAACGACUGCCCACGUGGACUGUGCCCUGCAGAAGCAGCUCUUCGUGGCCAAAGAGAGCACACUGUGGCUGGCAGCCACCAAUGUCUGCAUGGACCCCCUGAUCUACAUGGUCCUGUGCAAGCCCUUUGUGGAGAGGGUGUUAUGCAGGAGAGUAAAGACCCGUCGGAGAGCAUUUUAUAGAAACCCAAGAACUGAACUGGACACACGAGUGUCUCCUACCGAGUCUUGAUUCUGAAGCUGCACACUCUACUCUGCGUGUUCAUAGAGAACUUGGAAAUUGUUUUGGUUUACCUCUGUUGGAGAAAACAAAAGGGUGGCUGCACUGUAAUAUUAAUACUUAAUAAAAACAGCAAAAUGGGUUUUCUAUGUA